AACUUAGCUGUCUGGUGGAGGAACUUGUGCCACCCCUCUGCCAAGCUAUUUCAGUGUUGGCCUCAGUGUGUGUACUGUAUGAGCUGGGCCUAAGAUUCCAGCAGAGACUCAUUUAGUCCUCCCAGAUUUAUUUAUUUUUUAAAUGUUCAACAUAUCUGUUAAGCUGCUCAACAGUAAGUGCUAUUAAAUGUUAAACACCUUUCCACUUUGGGAGUUGUUUUAAAAUAGACAGUAAAAAUAGUAGGAUUGUUAGGUGGAGAAAUAUACUCAGUACAUACUAAGGUUUACAAGCAGACCUCAGUGAGAUGGCUGGUGUUAACACCUAUAACAAAUUUAAAUGUAUUUCUAAGAAUGUUUCAGAUGCAGAAAAAACCAUAUGGGUUUGAGGCACUUUCCUGGACCAAGAAACAGAGAGCAUAACUCACAUUUUUAUACAAAAACACAACAUUUUCACCAAACACAGCUGGAGAUUAAAUAACAGCAAGCAGAAUCUACUGUUAGAUUAGAUUACCAGGAUACAACACUAGGAGAAAAUGCAAAAAGCAGCACUAUUCUGUUAUAUUCUGCUUGUUUCUCUGUGCAUUGCUGUUGCUGAGAAUGAACGCAGUGUAAUGCGUAGGAGGGCAAGGAGGAGAAUGCGCUAUAGAGGGUCAAGAAUGAGCUCCUCAGGAAAUCACAGACCAAACAAGCAACAAGAAAUCAAAUUCCCAGUUGUUAUUACUCCAAUACCAAGCAUUCCACUUAUUAAUAUAGACGGUGAUAUCACUGAAGUAUUUGACUCUCUGAUUGGUCAGGGUGGACAAGAAUCCAGUUACAAUAUUUUACCAGGAAAGGAAGAACGCUGUUUUGCAAAUGGGAUGAUUAUGUAUGAUAAGUCUGUGUGGUCUCCUAAACCCUGUGUUACGUGCCUCUGCUCAAAAGGAAAGGUGUUGUGUGAUGAAACCUUGUGCCAUCCUCUGACGUGUCACAAUACCAAGAUACCUGAAGGAGAGUGUUGUCCAGUGUGUAUGGAUAUUGAGCAAAGCACUAUUUCACAAGGUGACACAUCUGAAUUUUCUGGUGAUAAUCUAGAGCCCAAUGACCACACUGAUCCAGUUUUGUACAACCUACAAACACAAGAUCAAAAUGCUGAAAAGAAGGGGAAACAACUUGAAAAGAAAGAAAUUACUAUAAAAGAUAAAGAGAACCAGCAAAGAAGAAAAAGCCAUAAACAGAAGGAAAAACAUGGACACACAAAAGAUCAAAGGGAAGAUGAGAAGAUGAGAGCAGCAGAAGAAAGGAGAAGAGCAUAUGAAGAAGAAGAGUUAAGAAUAGAAAAAGGACUCAAGAAAGAGGAAGAAGAAAAUGAACGACCUGAAGGAAGUGAGGAAGAAGAAAAAGAGGAGGAAGAUGUUUUGCGUGGUGAUGUAUUCAGAAUGCCGCCUCGUUUCCCAAUUCCUGAGCAUUCUACUGAAGUGCCUACUUUGCCAACCGGAUGCUCCAUCCUGGACAACACAGUAAGCUGUGUUAAUGCCAAACUCAAACAAAUACCAUCAAUCAUGGAUGCAGAGCUUACAAGCAUAGAGCUUGUAGGUAAUACUAUAACUUCCAUCCCAGAUGAAGCUUUUAAUGGGAUUCCCAAUUUGGAAAGGAUUGAUCUUCGUAGAAAUAAUAUCACAUCAUCUGGCAUAGGUCCACGGGCAUUUAAAAUAUUGAAGAAUCUGCAACGCUUAUAUUUGGAUGGAAAUGCACUAGUACAUAUUCCGAUUGGUUUGCCAUCAACUUUAGAAGAACUUAAAAUAAACGAAAACCAACUACAUGCAAUUGAUGAAUACAGCUUUGAAGGUUUAGAAAAGUUGGUGACACUGGAAUUAGAAGGCAAUAAACUCAACGAAGCUAAUGUUAGUCCACUAGCCUUUCAACCUUUGAAGAGCCUGUCUUAUUUGCGCCUUGGACGGAAUAAAUUUAGGACCAUUCCGCAGCGCCUUCCCAAUUCUAUUGAGGAAUUAUAUCUUGAUAAUAACCAAAUUGAAGAAAUUACAGAAGUUUGCUUUAACCAUACCAGAAAUAUAAACACAAUUGUUCUGAGGCACAACAAAUUAGAAGAAAGCAGAAUAGCUCCUUUGGCAUGGAUCAAUCAUGAGAACCUGGAAUCUAUUGAUCUUUCUUACAAUAAUAUCUAUCAUGUUCCCUCCUAUCUGCCAAAGUCAUUGGUGCACCUUGUGCUUAUAAGCAACCAAAUUGACAGAAUCCCAGGAUUCGUAUUUGGACACAUGAGGCCAGGGCUGGAAUAUCUGUACCUUUCAUUUAACAAACUUGAUGAUGAGGGAAUUGAUCCUGUGUCAUUCUAUGGGGCAUAUCACUCUCUAAGAGAAGUCUUCUUAGAUCACAACCAACUGAAGUCUGUACCACUUGGAAUUGCAGAAAUGAGAUCCUUAAAUUUUCUGAGGCUCAACAAUAACAAAAUAAGAACAGUCCCUACACAGCGCAUCUGUAGGAGUAGGUCGGAUAAUGAGGAGGAGGAGGAGGAGGAGGAAGAUGGUGACAGUGAAGAGAAUCAUGAUUAUGAAGAUUCACAAUUAGAACACCUUCAUCUUGAAUAUAAUUACAUCAAUACAAGAGAACUUUCACCAGAUGCUUUUUCAUGUGUCAGAUCAUAUUCUAGUGUGAUUCUGAAACCUCAAAAGAGCAAAUAAAAGAACUGUUUUUGCAUGUAAAUGUUAUAACUAGAAUAUUUGUUCUCCACAAGCAAGAAAACCAAAGCACAAAUUAUGAAAGGUGCCUCAGCACUAUUAUUUAACAGUAUUAUUUAUUAUUAAUGAAGGGUAAGGUGUAAUUGUAGGAAUAUUUUCAGGAGGCUGGCUGUGUACAUGCCUAGAAAUAUUAUACUUGCAGCCUAUUUUUUACUCCAAGUAAGAUAAAUAUUGCAUACCAAUGUGAUAAGUGAGUACAAGAAAGAUUAUUGAACUUUAUUGACCUUCUGAUUUUCCUCAAAAAGUUGACUUGAUAAUUAUUUUCAAUGCAAUGAAUUAUAACCCUACAGACAGGGGAGGGCUGUGUGUGUGUUUGGAAUUACAUUUCAAAUUAAGAAAAUACUGUAAGAUGCACAUAUAAAUUAAGACAGUACCAAAUGUAGAACAUUUGGGGCCUCUGCAUACAUGGCAUUAAUGCUAACCUGUGCUGUAGGUUGCUCAUGGGAACUGCAAUUUAAAACAAACAAACAAACAAACA